GGUGUCCGCUGAAGAAAACGGGACGGAGGAGCAGAGAGAGGCGGACACAGGGACUGCUAUCCCGGGAUACUUCACUGAUCCGCACCGGCAGACUCCAGUAAACAUGUCAACAAGCAUCAGCGCUGAGGAGAUCGAGGAGAUCAGGGAGAGCUUUGAGAAAGUGGAUGUGGACGGUAAUGGCUACAUCUGUGCCUCUGAACUUGGGAGCUUGUUCACAGAGGUGGGCUGCUCCAUGCCGGGAUACCAGCUGAGAGAACUCCUGCAGAAACUGGACAAAAACAAGGACAGCCGUAUCAGCCUGGAGGAGUUCACGGCUAUCUUCCAGGAUCUGAAAGAGGACUGUUUGGCCAAGGGUUUCAGGAAAGCUCUCAACAAGAAAGACGGCAUCGUAAACAUCGGGGGAACCAGCGAGAUCUCCAGUGCAGGAACUCAGCAUUCAAUCUCUGAGCAGGAGCGCUUUGCCUUUGCCAACUACAUCAACUCGUCUUUGGAGAAGGAUCCGGACUGUGAAAGCAGGCUGCCCAUCGACCCCAACACUGGAGCUCUGUUUAAGUCCCUGUCUGACGGCAUCAUUCUCUGUAAACUCAUCAACCUGUCUGUUCCUGACACCAUCGACGAGAGGACCAUCAAUAAAAAGAAGCUCACGCCUUUCACCACUCAGGAGAAUCUGAACCUGGUCCUGAAUUCAGCCUCGGCCAUCGGCUGCCAAGUGGUCAACAUCGGGGCUCAGGAUCUGAAGGAGGGUAAACCUCACCUGGUGCUCGGUCUCCUCUGGCAGAUCAUCAAGAUCGGACUGUUCGCUGAUAUCGAGCUGAGCCGUAACGAAGCCAUCGCGGCGUUGCUGGAGGAGGGCGAGAGUCUGGAGGAGCUGAUGAAGCUGAGUCCUGAGGAGCUGCUGCUGCGCUGGGCUAACUUCCACCUGAAGAAAGUGGGCAUGUCCAUCAACAACUUCUCAGGUGACAUUAAGGACUCUAAGGCUUACUUCCACCUGCUGGAGCAGAUCGCACCUGACGGCACCAAGGAGGAUGCUCCGCGGGUGGAGAUAGACAUGACUGGUGUUUAUGAGAAAGAUCUGACCAAGAGAGCUGAGUGCAUGCUCAAACAGGCCGACCUCCUCGACUGCCGGCAGUUCGUAACGGCCGCCGACGUCGUCUCCGGACACUCCAAGCUCAACAUGGCCUUCGUGGCCAUGCUCUUCAACAAACACCCAGCCCUCACCAAACCAGAGAACCAAGAGUGGAACCUGCAGAGUGAGACGAGGGAGGAGAGGACGUUCAGGAACUGGAUGAACUCUCUAGGAGUCAGUCCGUAUGUUCACCACAUCUACGGAGAUCUGACAGACGCCAUGGUCAUCCUCCAGCUUUAUGAAAGGAUCAAGGUCCCGGUGGACUGGGACUACAGAGUCAACCACCCUCCAUACAAGGCACUAGUGGCUCAUUUAAAAAAGAUUGAAAACUGUAACUAUGCCGUUGAGCUGGGCACAGAGAAGGCUGGCUUCUCCCUGGUUGGGAUAGCUGGACAGGAUCUCUACGAUGGGAAUGAAACUCUAACCCUGGCUCUGGUGUGGCAGCUGAUGAGGAGGUACACCCUUAAUGUUCUUGAAGACCUGGGAGAUGGAGGAGAAUGUGCUGGAGAUGAUCUGAUUAUUUCAUGGGUCAAUAAAACUCUGGCUGAGGCUGGGAAGAGUUCCUCUAUCAAGAGCUUCAAGGACAAAUCCAUUGGUACCAGUCUUCCAGUCCUGGAUCUGAUCGACACCAUUCAGCCAGAGAGCGUGAACUAUGAGCUGGUGAAAACAGAAGAUCUAUCCGACGAAGACAAACUGGACAACGCCAAGUACGCCAUCUCCAUGGCCAGGAAGAUCGGGGCUAAGGUCUACGCUCUGCCUGAGGACCUGGUGGAGAUCAACCAGAAGAUGGUGAUGACCGUCUUCGCCUGUCUGAUGGGGCGAGGAAUGAAGAGAGUUUAAAGGAAGGCCACGUCUGAUUGGACGACAGAGAGAGAGAGGGGGCGUGGCUGAAGCUUCUGUAUCUAGAACCCAUCAAGAACAUUCCCUGACCGCAGCCACGGUCACAGAUGUUCUCAGAACUUUCUUCUUCUGUAGUUAGACAUAUUCUCCUGAGGUCUCCAGGUAGAAACACCUGCUCUCCCAAAAUCUACAGUUUAGUUUGUCAAAUCAGGAACAGGAAGAACAACCAGAACCGGGACGCUCUAGUCCAGGUUAAAAUACUGGACUGUGGUUUCAGGACGACAGACUCUGCCCCCCUUUCUGCUCAGAGUGCGUCCCGGCUCUGUCCAGGUCCUGGGAUGGACUCUGUCUUCAGGGAAGAGGGGUCGGGUCUGCGUCGGUCUUGUCAGGGUUCUGGGAACAUUUAGUGACGGUGGCUCCUCAGAGUGAUGACUUCAGCUGUCCUCUCUAGAACCUUCAGGAAUGUUCCCUCUGUUCUACCGGCCCGUUCCUCUGUGACCGUUCCUUUAAAGCAAUAAUCACUCAGUACGUUUACAUGCAGCUGCAUCCGAUCCACCUACUGUGUUUGAUAAGACCUGGUCUGGAUCAGAUCAGACCCCUCAGAGUCAGAGUAGUGGAUACACCUCAGUCCAGACCCAGGUCUAAUAGUAUGUUAAAGGAGGAUGUCGCCCCCUAGUGUAGUGGAGGCAGACAUGCUGCCAUCAGGGUUUAAAAGAGUCUCUGAUGAGGCUGCAGCCAUAGCUGGACCUAACUGAGCAUGUAAACGUACUGACUGUUUUCACUGAAACCUUUAGGCCUUUUAAUAAAUGACCAAAGCUAUUCUAACAAAGACUCUCACUGUAAACUACAGAUGUUUUCAGCCUUUUUACUCCAUAAACUCAUUUG